UGCAGCCCGCCCGGCGGGGCAGACUGAUGGGCCGCGAUGCCGCCGCAGCCCUCGCCCUGAGAGCAGCGGGGGCCGCGCCUCUCCGCCCAGAGACUGAGGGGAUCGCCGCCGCCUUCCCGGGGGCGUGAGGCAGCCGGGAGAAGACAGAGAGCUCGGCCGGGCCGGGAGGCGGCUCAGCCCGCAGAGCUCGUUCUCCGUGCCCCGCCGGCCUGCGGCGGCUCUGACUGACAUUGCUGCAGACGCGGGACCGCGCCUGGAUAUGUUACCGCCUCACCCGGGCUGUUUCUUCGAUAUCGUGAAGCUGCGUGGGGAAUAAGCUCGGUGCCCAGCUGGUCGGGAGCCUGCCGCCGUGCCCGGGCGGGGGGCGAUGCCUCGGGGCGGGCGGGCAGGAGCAGGCGCUUGCCCGGAGCCCGCCGAGCGGUGCCGGCUGCCGGGAGAUGAAGGCAGCGGCUGUAAUGGAGUGAGAGCCGAGAGGGCUCCUCUCAGCUGCCAUUUGCUCUUCCAGACGGGAUUGUGAACCCAGAGAGUCGAGGAAGGCUGCGCGAAAGAAGGAGGAGAUUCCUCUCUUCGGGAUUUUUUUGUUGUUGUUGUUUUGUUUUGUUGUGGGUUUUUUGUUUUUUGGGUUUUUUUUCCAAUUUUUUUCCUCGUCCUGCCUGGCUCCUCGGCGUCCCCAGGUAUGACUGCCUCACUGCAGCACCUUGUGCUGGUGCUCCUGCUCUCCAGUGCCACCCUGCUGCUCAGCACUGCGGCUGCUGCGCAGAGCGAGGAGCGGCUGUGUGCUUUUAAGGACCCAUAUCAGCAGGACCAUGGAGUCAGUGAGAGCAGGAUCUCCCAGGAGAAUGGCACCAUUUUGUGCAUGAAAGGCAGUACCUGCUAUGGGCUUUGGGAGAAAACACGAGAAGGAGACAUACAUCUUGUGAAGCAAGGCUGCUGGUCUCAUAUAGGAGACCCACAGGAGUGUCACUUUGAGGAGUGCAUUGUCACAACCACCCCUUCCUUGAUUCAGAAUGGGACGUACCGCUUCUGCUGCUGUAGCACAGACCUGUGCAAUGUCAACUUCACUGAGAAUUUCCCACCUCCUGACCCCACGGAUACAACACCCUACAAUUCUUCUCAUUCUUUUCAUCGAGAUGAGACUAUAGUUAUUGUCCUUGCAUCUGUGUCUGUGCUGGCUGUUUUGAUUGCCGCUCUGUUCUUUGGCUACAGGAUGCUUGCAGGAGACCGUAAACAAGGCCUGCACAGUAUGAACAUGAUGGAGGCAGCUGCAUCAGAGCCCUCUCUGGAUCUGGAUAAUCUCAAAUUACUGGAGCUGAUUGGCCGGGGUCGCUACGGGGCAGUGUACAAGGGCUCCCUAGAUGAGCGCCCGGUUGCUGUCAAAGUCUUUUCUUUUGCUAAUCGUCAGAACUUUGUCAACGAGAGGAACAUUUACAGGAUCCCCCUGAUGGAACACGACAACAUCGCCCGUUUCAUCGUGGGGGAUGAGAGGUUCACUGCUGAUGGCCGUAUGGAAUAUUUAUUGGUGAUGGAAUAUUACCCCAAUGGUUCUCUGUGCAAGUAUCUGAGUCUCCACACGAGUGACUGGGUGAGCUCCUGUCGCUUGGCACACUCCAUAACAAGGGGCUUGGCUUACCUGCACACGGAGCUACCUCGAGGAGACCAUUACAAACCUGCAAUAUCCCAUCGUGACCUGAACAGCCGCAAUGUCCUGGUGAAGAAUGAUGGGACGUGUGUAAUCAGUGAUUUUGGGCUCUCCAUGAAGCUGACUGGAAACAGACUGGUACGCCCAGGUGAGGAAGACAAUGCAGCCAUUAGUGAGGUGGGCACGAUCCGCUACAUGGCCCCAGAGGUGCUGGAAGGAGCAGUGAACUUGAGGGACUGUGAAUCUGCUUUGAAACAAGUAGAUAUGUAUGCACUAGGCCUGAUCUACUGGGAGAUAUUCAUGAGGUGUACAGACCUCUUCCCAGGGGAAUCUGUGCCAGAAUACCAGAUGGCUUUCCAGACAGAAGUCGGAAACCAUCCCACAUUUGAAGAUAUGCAAGUCUUGGUGUCUAGAGAGAAGCAAAGACCAAAAUUCCCAGAAGCAUGGAAGGAGAACAGCCUGGCUGUGAGGUCACUUAAAGAAACAAUUGAAGACUGUUGGGAUCAAGAUGCUGAAGCUCGACUAACAGCACAGUGUGCUGAGGAGAGGAUGGCAGAACUGAUGAUGAUUUGGGAGAGAAACAAAUCAGUUAGUCCAACAGUCAACCCUAUGUCAACUGCCAUGCAAAAUGAGCGGAAUCUGUCACAUCAUAGGCGUGUGUCAAAGAUCAGGCCAUUUCCAGAUUACUCCUCCUCUUCCUACAUUGAAGAUUCCAUCCACCACACUGACAGCAUAGUGAAGAACAUUUCUUCUGAGCACUCAAUGUCCACAACGCCUUUGACUUCAGGGGAAAAGAACAGAAACUCCAUUAACUAUGAGAGGCAACAAGCACAAGCUCGCAUCCCGAGUCCUGAGACAAGUGUCACCAGUUUGUCCACCAACACCACCACCACCAACACAACUGGCCUUACUCCUAGCACUGGCAUGACCACCAUAUCUGAAAUGCCUUACUCAGAUGAAACAAACUUGCAUACUGCAAAUGUCAUGCAGCCAGGUGGGCCCACCCCUGUUUGUCUGCAGCUUACAGAGGAGGACUUAGAGACGAAUAAACUGGAUCCAAAAGAAGUGGAUAAGAACCUGAAGGAAAGCUCUGAUGAGAACCUGAUGGAGCAUUCCCUUAAGCAGUUCAGCGGGCCAGAUCCACUCAGCAGCACCAGUUCCAGCUUGCUCUACCCGCUGAUAAAACUUGCAGUAGAGGUGACAGGACAGCAGGACUUCACACAAGCUGGCAAUGGUCAAGCGUGUUUGAUUCCAGAUGUCCCAUCUGCUCAGGUCUAUCCUCUGCCCAAGCAACAGAACCUUCCCAAGAGGCCCACUAGCCUCCCCCUCAACACCAAAAAUUCAACGAAAGAGCCACGGUUAAAAUUCGGUGGCAAGCACAAAUCAAACUUGAAGCAAGUGGAGACGGGGGUUGCCAAGAUGAACACUAUCAAUGCUGCAGAACCUCAUGUUGUGACAGUUACCAUGAACGGGGUGGCUGGGAGAAGCCACAGCAUAAACUCUCACGCUGGCACAGCCCAGUACGCCAACGGCACGGUGCCGACCGGCCAGGCAGCCAGCUCGGUAGCACAGAGGGCUCAGGAAAUGCUCCAGAACCAGUUCAGUGGAGAGGAUAGUCGGCUGAAUAUUAAUUCAAGCCCUGAUGAGCACGAACCCUUGUUGAGGAGGGAGCAGCAGGUGGGCCAUGAUGAAGGGGUUCUGGACCGCCUGGUGGACAGGAGGGAGCGACCGCUGGACACCGGCCGGACAAACGCCAAUAACAACAACAGCAACCCCUGCCCAGUGCAAGACACAGCCACAGCCACUGUCCAGAACAUUGUGAGGAACCCUGGGCAGACCCAGACAAGAAGAGCACAGAGGCCUAACUCGCUGGACCUGUCGGCCACAAAUAGCUUGGAUAGCUGUAGUACGCAGUUAGGUGAGUCCUCACAGGAUGGGAAGUCUGGCUCUGGGGAGAAGAUCAAGAAGCGUGUGAAGACUCCGUACUCCCUGAAGCGGUGGCGUCCCUCCACCUGGGUCAUCUCCACAGAGCCCCUGCCCUGUGAGGUCAACAACAACGGCACCGACCGCCCAGGACACCCCAAAUCCAACACUGCUGUCUACCUGGCAGAGGGGGGCACUGCCACCACCAUGGUGUCCAAGGAUGCAGGAGUGAACUGCCUGUGAGACCCUUUCAAAAGCAAACAAAAUGACCCUUUACUUAUUUUUUUUUUCUUUUUUUCUUUUUAUUUUAUUUUUUUUUUCAUUAUUUUGAAAAAAAAAAAAAAACCCCAACACACAGAAGACAUUUUAAAAAAAAAACUGCUUUCUCCUCCUGUCAGCAACCCCUACCGAGGACUCGCUUUAAAUAGAUCUCAGCUAUGCAGAAAAUUUUUAGCUUAUGCUUCCAUAUUUUUUUAUUUUGUUUUGGUUUUUUGAACGUUUUUGCACUUUUAUUUAGUAUCGCUAAAGUUAAGUCUGUCUGUUUUGACCACGGAAUAUAUAUAUGUGUAUCAAAAAUGUGGUCUCAAAAUAUUUUUUUAAAAAAAAAAGUAACAAAAAAAAAUGGUAUUGCUGAUAAUCAGUUUGGACCAGUUUCUUAAGGUCACUAAGAUCGUAAGCAGACUCUAAGACAGGUUUGACUGCAGUGGUGUCUUGUAACCAUGUUUUGAUUUCUGUGCACAAGCUAGUCUGUAUAUUUCUAUGUUACAGAGUGUAUUACUCUCUUUUAAACCUCUUAUUUUUCUUGUGUCAUGUUGAAAUGUGCAAUAGUCUAUAGUUCACAGUAUGCUUUAUUGAAAAGUGUGUUUCUGAAACUGCCACGUUGUUCCCCUUUCUGCAUUUGUUGAUUUUUCCCUGACAGUGGAGUUGUCAGCCAGUCAUGACAGGGAACUCUGCACACCGUAGCCAGCCUGAAGCAGCUGCCUAAAUCACACUGUGCUCUGAGGUGACAGUGCAUGGAUUUUCCCCAGUUUGAAAGGGCUUUAAAAAAGGAACAAAACAAAAAAAAAAAAAAAAAAAAAAAAAAAAAAAAAAAGGAAAAAAAAGAAAAAAAGUCCGAGCCCAGUACCUUUCCUUUGAUCCUCCUGUGAAAUUCUGAAUAACAGAACUUUGAACAGGCAUAAGCAAACCAUGUUAGCCCUUUUUUUCCAUUUUAUUUUGUGUGCAGUUUCACCCCUGUAUUCACGUAACACCUCAUUUAGAUCACUAAUGAUGUACGUUGAAAAAUACACUUUAUUCAGAAAUCUUAAUAACUGCCAUGCCUAAAAAGUCUAGUGAAGAUAGACUGUGGCCAUAUGUUGUUUACAGAGGAAAAAUCAUGGAUCUUAUUUGGCAUAAAAGAGUUUUGUGAUGAGUUGCAAAGCUUUCCUGUUACACCUCCUGGCAGGCAGUCUGGGGUAAGAUCAGCCUGACUGCUUUUGUGGGUAGGUGCCUCCUCAUUGACUGUUGUUGCUGAGUUGAGUUGAAACUGUUCCUCCUCCCUUCAGAGUUUCUAGAGCCCCUCAUUCAUCUUGUGAGAAUUUAUUGCAUGCUUUAAAAAUUCAUGGUUAUGAGUGUGGGCAGGGGAGGGCUGGGGUUUUUCCCCUCUGCUUAGACCUUUCUUUCAGUUUGUAUACACGUUGAUUUUAGGUGUCAGUUACAUUAAUGUUAUAGCUAUGGAGAUAAACUGUUUUUUCACCAUAUCAAGUAAACCUUACCCUUUUUUAAGAAGGAUUGUCUUUACUGCCUACUGAAAGAAAAUUAAUUUCCUUCUUUGUCAGGACAACUCCUUCCAUCUAAGAAAUAUCCUUCCAUGUGAGAAAAAUGAUUUCUGGUUGCAAAUAUUUCAGUAAAAGCUAUUUAGAUAAAAAAGAUAGAACACAUGUCAGCUUUUGGUACCCAGUAAGGGCUUAUCACUUCAUCUGAAAAUGAUAUGAAAAUGUAUCUGGGGAUGUUCAAAGAAAGGAAAUCUAUUCAGUCAGCCUGCCAAGCUCCUGUGGCAGGAUGCUGGCAGCAGACAAUUGCCUCCCCCAGCCAGGCUCCUUUCAGCUGACUGAAACAGAUGCUCUGUGCAUUCAAGCUCAUUUGUUUCCUUGCUGUAAUAUCAUUUUUAGCCCCGGAGGUAAACUUUGCCACCCCUGUUCUAAUAUAUCUGAUAGUACAACUGAAAUGAUGUACUCCUUGCUACAUCUGAUUCUUCCUGCUGCCCAAACUCCCUUGCCCAAGCUCGAUUGCUAUGAUUUUCACUUGUAAUGCUUUUUGAUGUUUCUUAGGUUCUCCUAGAUACCUCCAAGAGAUAACUCUCUAAACCCAGGCAUCGACUAAAUGUAGUUGUAGAGACACAAGCCAUGAGACACCUUUUGGGCUCCCCGUGUUCUUUAAGCACCAGUUCAAGUGGUACCUUUCGUCUCUGAGGCUUAAUUCUGUCAUCCUGCUGCAGUUUUAUCUCCCCUCUCCAAAACUACAGCCUUCCUCUGGCUCUGCUUUCAAUUCCCUCCCCAGCCUCCCAUCUGCUGCAGCCUCGCAUCCCAGAUGUUGAAAACCUGCCAGUUGCUCAGCUGGGUUUCAGGACUUGAGUCAGAAUUGCUGGCACCCUGCUCAUGAUGCUGGCUGGGGUUUUCUUCUCCAUUGGCCCUGGAGUCUCCAUGUGAAGCAGAGGGUGCUGUUCUGGGAUGGUGCACACUGAGGGUUCUUCACUCCUUUCCCCAUGGCUCUUUGUUUGGCCUCUGCCAUCCCCCAGCAUUUCAGAAUGUGGACAUUCUGGGGAAAGAAGAGUUAAUUGCUCCCACUCCUGUUUCUUUCUGCUCAGACAGUCUUCUGGCCUUUAUUUCCAGGCCAACCCUUUGUAAGAAACCUAACUUUUUAAUGCUCAGUGCAGUCAGAACCAUUUUAAUACUGGAUGAAAAUGUUCUUCUGCAGUUUUCCUUAAAUGUUCUUAUAGCAAGCAAUUUCUUUUCCUUUAUCUAUUUCUGUCACUUGCUGCAAGGCUUUUGGGAUAAAUUAUAAUUAGUAGAAGGUCUUGGCUUUGUAAUCUACCGUGGACAAACAUAUUUGGUAACAUAACAGAAGUGUGCAUUAACUACAAAAUACCCCAUAAGUUAAAUAGAGGCAAAACUAUUUAUUUUUAAAGGUCAGUCAAAACAAACUCUUAAGUAGGUACCAAAAUACUGUAGUUAUGCACAGCUAGGUGAGAUCAGAUUUCAGUCCUUAAUUUAGUAAUGCCCUUUUUUUGCUCACAGCACAUAAUCCAAUCUCCACAGAAUACCUUCUCUGUAAAUCUAAUGCUGAAUUGUGUCUCAUGCCAUGGGGAAUCAUCCUUAACCAAAUGAAAUAGAUGUAAGAGAGAGAAUUCUACAGAUCAGAGACGUGGGUAGUUGAUAAAUGUGCUAUAAUCAGGGGAGACAAAGGUGUUUUCUUUGUGGGUUGUUUUGUUUUGUUUUUUAAAUGGAUAAUGAUGAAAGUUGAUAAUUUUCUAUCAAUUUCUCAUGUAUAUUGCAGACAAGAUAAAUAUAGCAAAAUGAAAAUAGAAUGAUAGUGUAAAUACCUAUGAAUUGUGCCACUGUCAAAUAGGCAACAGUAGAAUAUUUGCUAUGGUAAUUUAUAAUGUAUAAUUCAAGUAAAAUGUUAGAGCAAACAUGUGAUGUUUGUAUAUAUAAGCCAAAAUCCAGAAUCUUACUGGUUUUAGAAAAUGAUGUGCUAGUAGAAGCCAGAAGAGUUGCUUAGGUUAAUGCAUUGUCUCUUUCUGUUUCUUAUAAUAGGGAUGCUCACCACCAUAACCUGGUUUUUAGAAUGUGAAUUCUAACCAUUUGGACAGACAUGCCUCAUAAUCAGAUUUAUUUUCUUCUCGAGUUUAUAUUUACAGCUCAGAUUAUUUGCAAAACUUCCCCUCCAUUUGCUUAUAAUGCUCAAUAGCUCAAUGUACUAAACAAGUAGUAUUGAAAAUGCCUUUCUUGAAACUCCAAGAUGCACUUAAACUGCACAGCUAAAGGUAAAAUAAUUCCUAAUUUAAAAGAAAACCAACUGAUUCUGUCAUUAGAAUAUUCUCAGAAACAAAGAACAUUUCUGUUUGUUUCUUACUGCUGUUUGUGUCUUGUUUCCAUACAGAAAGUGACCUAAAUUUCAAAGGCAACAGUUUCAUUUUUUUCAGUGAAGUGGGGACAAAAAUCCCAUGGAAGAUGGAUGCUGUCAGGCUUCAGGAAAUAAAAAAAAACCAAAACAACAAACCCACCUUAUAAAUAUGCCUAGAAAGUAUGUAUCUUCCCACCUGCCAGCUUUCUCCAAAAGAAAUCCUUAAUGCUACCUGCCUCAGAAAGGAGAAUAAGUAAGUUCUGUGUUUGGAGGGAAUAGAUUAUUGGGCUAAAUUUAAUAAUAAUGGCCUUUUUACUUAAAAAAGAUACAUUGCUUAUGCCAUAGCCUCAGUGUUCAGUACAUUUUGCUCCGAUGAGAUUCCUUUUUUAAGUGUUAGAAAACACAUAGCCCACUAAUAACAUUACUAAGUAUAUGUUCAGAUUAUAAUUUAUUUCACAAAAAACCUUCAGACAUUGUAGCCAUUCUGCCACUGAAACAUCAUUAAGCCUAAUUAAGGAGAAUUUUAGGAUUCACACAUGCAGUCAGCGCAGGAGAAAUUAAUUAUGCUGUAAUUCUCACUGGUAUAAAAAAUAUGACAGCACCUCUUGCUGUGACAGGCUUGUUUAAAGUCAUACAAAUAAUAAUUGUCAAGCUCAGUAGCAUAUACAUGACCCGAUGGCUAACUGAAACAUUUGGAGCAGCUUAUCAAGGACAAUUAAAAGAAGAUUGAUUAGACUAUGAAAAGUUGGAUCAUAGACUGGGUAACUUAGUAUUCUGCAUAAAUUUGGAUUAUUUGCAGUUUUCUCUCUGCUCUCCCACUGUCCAUUUUAACAGGUAAAUAGAUUCAUCUCCUUAUCUAAAUGUGCUUAUUGGUUUUUGUUCAACUUCAAGCCUUUCCUCAGUGAAAAAGCUGCACAUAUCGCAGUGAAGCCAAAUAUCUGUAUUUUUAUGUAAACUCUGUAUGUAUUUAGAUGCAUAUGUAUGUUGUGCAUAAAUUCCAGGAGUAAAUUCUGCGAGUUACAGCAUCAGAUGGUGGCAGUGGCAGUGAAUGCAGUGUUCUUUUUCUGAUGCCAUUUUUAAGUUCAGUGCAUCACAGUAAAAUUGGGAUCGGGCUCUGACAUAGCACCCAGUGGUGCAACAUCUCCCAUGCCAGACUUGUCACUGAUUGUUCAGGGGGAAUGGAUUUACGAGAGAGAAAGUUAGGAAUGCACAUGAGAAACUUGAUCUGAAGCUGAGUAAUUUCAGGUGCCUCUCUUAAAGGUUGAAAAGUAACCGAAAAUACUGAAUACAUGAUAAUUUUUACAAGGGUUUUUAGUGUAGUAGCACUAGUUAUGUGUGUGGUUGCCAUUUAUAAACAUAGUCUUAAAUCCAGUGACAUUUUAGACUUCUAUAUUGUCAUUUAAAACUGUAGCUGUAGAAAUACAUCCCUUUUUUAAUCUCACACUCCCCUCCUGCUCCCAGUACACUCAGUUCUGAUGUGAAAUAGUAAGAAAUCAGACCUGGACUGGCUCAAAACUUGUAGCAGAAUUUCCACUUCUGCAGCUGGCAGAUGCAGAGACUCCUGGAAAUCAAAAUGAGUUCUGUUUGGCACGAGUGCACCUGCAGAAAUGGACAUCUGACCAGCUUGUGUUUGAGCUGAGUGCUGCUGAAAUCAGAGAGGAGUCUGCCAGGGAUUGCCCCCAGAGGCAGGUCAGGUUCUGCUGGCACUGGUUGUAAAAAUUUCUUGGGAGGAUUUCCCAGGGAAAGCCAAGGUGGAAGGUGGGAGUGGAGUGUUUCCAGGUAAAGCCCAUCCCUGAGGAUGCUGAGCUGGGCUGUGUGCAGGUCUGAUUCAGUGGCUGCCUUCCCAAUAUGAAUUGUUAUUAUGGCCAUUUCUAUUUAUUUCACUGUGGUCUAUUAUACAUAUGUGCAUAAUAAGCAGGAGCUAGGGUGAGUUAUGUUGAUUAAUAAUGUAAUUGUCAGAUAUUUUUAAAAGCCUAUUGAUCAGCAGCUGUGUGAAUUUUCAAGUCAUUCAGUUGGUUAUCUUGAAUGCAUCUGUCGUGCUUCAGCAGACACAGGACCUGUCAGAGUAAGAAGGAUUUCUGGAAAGUUCUUGCAGGCUUCUGCAGAUUUAUCACAGGAGCACACAUCCCUAGCAUCUUGUUUGUUAAAGCAGAAUUAAUUGCCCUUUGUAGCUUCCUAGUUGCAAGGUCUCUCAAAAGUCAAUUUUUGUAGCCCGUUCUCUUGUUUUUAAAGACAAAGAAAAAACGUGUGAGUUUUUUAUCUAGAGUGCUUGAUUAACUUCUUUUUGUGCUUCAGAGCUCUGUAAUGAAGACUCACACUUCAGUUUUGUUGACUCAAAAGGAAAGAAAAUAGUUAAUGUGUCUGUAGUUUGUUCCCAAGAACAAAGGAACAGGCAAGUCCAAGUUAGAGCUGACUUUCAUUUGUCACUUUUAAAUUUCCUGGUUUGUGACUCUCUUCUCUCUUUCACACUGUUGAAAUGUAUUUAAAAAGGUUUGUAUGUAAUGUUUCUUGUCUGCUCUAUGUCUCUAGAGGAAAGUGUGCUCUAUUCACAUUUAUAUAAGCUGGAAUCAUAUUUCACAAUCGCUGUUGAUUAUUUUCCCCACAAAUGCAGUAUAAGAGGAAAAUGAGCAUGGCAAAGACUGAUGUCUAGGGUUUGGUCUGUAGAAGCUGAAAUAAGGAGAUGUCAAACUGCCAUUUUCCUGAAGAAAGACUGUAAAGAGAGCAUUACUUUCUGAGCGAGCUUUUCUGGGGAAGAGGGGGAGAAACCCUAGAGUAUGUAGUCUCAUCAGAACCCUUUUGUUAACGGGUAUUUUUGGGUUUCCUCUCAAAUAACUGAGGAAAUAUCAUGUAUGAAUUUAUAAAUAAUUGCUUUUUCAGUUAUUUCUUUUGUAUAAGCUGCCCAAUACCCUUGCUAUGCUGUAUAAGUUGUGUUUCAUGGAACAGUGUGAGUAUGAAAUAAAAAGCUAAUUUUUGUUUUUUAAUCAUCUGUGGAUGCCACUAUGAAAGCUGACAUUGUUAAAGCCACUACAGAGUUUUCUAUGAAUACUUGUAAGAAUUGCUUUGUUAUAUAUAAACCUAAAUAAAGAGAUUGUAUUGAUACAGAGACGUUGGAUAAGAGCAUUUAAAAGGCUAUUCUUUAGGUCAAAAGGAAAAAGGCUUGCUGUAAAAUGGUGCAUUAUUCCAUUUAUUAAAGAUCAUAUUAAUGACA